CUGUCAUUUUCGCGCUUUUCUUUUCAUGGUCGGACGUGGGAGGGAUGAAAAUCUUUAUUUAUAUCACACACGACGAUGUACCCGUAGAGUGCGACUGCCUGUUUACGUGAGUGACGAAACGAUACGAAAAACACGACUGCAGAAUGGCGAACGAGGAGGUGUUAGGUCCACGAAAGACAAUGUUCGUACUAGUGAUUGUUGUGGGAUGUUUCGCAGUGUUGUGGCCCAGGAUACUGUCUCCGUUGAUCUUGGGCCACACGCAGGACCAGUUAAAGCCGAACAAGUUCGACCGGGAGGCAGGAUGCUGUGACGUGAUAUUCGAGGCCCACAUGGCCGUCCUGGAACUCAUCAACGAGGUAUGCAGCUCAGUGAUAUCCAAAGACGGGAAGCUGUCACCCCACGACGCCGCCGAGUGCAGGAAGUCCGUAAACGAAACGUGCGGCGUGGACAUCGUAGCGUUCCUCAAAAGGAACGAGAACGUUGGGAAGACGACGAAAAUGCUGCUGGAAACGUUGAAGAGCAGCAACAGUUCCUGUUUGAAAGAACAUUUUGGGGUGCCAGCGUGGAGCGUGAGCACUCACACGGCGCUGAACUCGUGGACACUCCAAGAUACACUAAAGCAAGAGCGAUCACCCAUCCGAGGCGCUGGUCCGCAUCCUGCCCUCCGCGAGAGAGGCCGAGCGAUCCCCGCGGGAACGCCGCCGCCUCCAGCGAGGGCCCCCGUGCCGCUGCCCCCCCACGUCAGGGUACGAUCCUCCCCCCUAUCGGUCUACUUUGAGUUGGAUAUCAAGCCUCCUCCGAUACCUGGUAUGCGCCCGCCGUUGGGCUCCCCUGGAGGACCCGUGCCAGCACCCAAGUCUUCGAUGGGCUUCGUGAUGCCGAUCUAUACCAUUUGCAUCAUCGUCUUCUUCGUCUAUACACUUAGCAAGAUACUGUUCAAGCGUACAGCGACCGUGCCAUAUGAAUCAGUGUCACCGGACCCCCAGUUCCGGCGGCGGGUGUUCCGAGACGACUCCAGGACCACGCCUGAUAAACUAGGCCCUAAAGAACGGGACACAAGGGACAUCGAGUUGGAAGUGUUGAGAGCGCGCUUGGCGGAGACAGAGCAAGCGAUGCAAAGGAUCGUCGGUCAACUGGCGCAGCGUGACGCGGAAGUGCAGGAUAAUCAUGCUCGUCCAUACACCAACGGAACUAUAUUACACAAUAGUGGGCCAGUUCAUAUUGUAGCUAGUGAAUAUAGAGAGGCAACCAAAGAAAAGAGCCCCGAAACUCAGAAAGAAUCUUCACCAGAUUUGAAAUCCACGCCAGACCCGGAAGAAUCUAGUCCACAACCAAUACCAGAAUCAAACGAAUCUACUCCAGAACCUAAAGAAUCUUCUACAAAAUCCAGUGAUUCUAUACCUGAGCUAGAAUCAAAAGAACUCACUCCAGAACCAAACGAACUUAUUACAAAUACUAAUGUCUCUAGUUCCGAAAUAUUACAAAAACCAGACAUUACAGAACAAGAAGUAGAUUUCACAACGAAAGUAGAUUCAGAUCUUGUCAAACUAACGGAGGACAUAGUUGAAAAAGAAAUAGAUUCGCUUAAGAGAGCUACAGAACAGUUCUUGGAAAAUGUAAAAGAGGGUGAUAUUUUGGCAGUUUCUGAAAAUAAACAAGAGAAACGGUCAACACCGGAACUUCUCGAGGAAGCUCUUAAAGAAGAUUCUCCGAUAAAGAGGCUUGAGGAUGAAGAAGAAAUUGAGGAAGAGGAAGUGGAGGAAGAAGAGGUGGAGGAGGAGGAGGAGGAAGAAGAAGAGAAUGUUGAACCGGAGAAUGCUAGCGUCAAGGUGGUAGGCAUGGAGCUUACCGCGCAUGCGGCGGACGGCAGCUUGUGGCCGCGUUCGUCGGCCGCGCAGGCCAGUUCACCACCGGCCGCGCCGCGUCCGAUGCACAAAGCUGAGGAGGUGAAGUCGAUAUUCCUGGAGACGGAGAUCCCGCAGCAGUCGCGCGUGCUUGUCGCUGACUUCGCAGAGAAGAGAGCCGAGACGACCGCGCCGACUAAACAUUCGCCGUUGGUUGUUAGCGGCAAAAUGACAUUAUCACUUAUACAGGACGCACCCAGGGACACGCCAGAGAGGGACCCAGAGUCGACGGUCGACGAUUUCACCACGGCAAGUGCGUUAACACAGCCGGCCGCCGAGAAAGAAGAAUUAUCAGAUGAAGAAAUUGAAGAAGAGGAGAUAGAGAUAGAGGAAAUCGAGGAGGAAGUAGAAGAAGAAGAGGAAGAGGAAGUGGAAGCGCCUAAACCGGAACCAAAGACAACCACGAAGAAGGAAUGAACUGAUAGUUGUAUGGAACACUGAUAUAGGAUUUAGUCACGAGUCAUGAUCAUUAGAAAAAAAAAUUAAAAUUAAUAUUGCUUUUAAUAACAACUUAAGUAAUAUAAGAGUGAAGUAAUGAUGUCUCAAUUAGAAUGAAGCGUUACAUAUGCGGUCUCUUUCUUUGUUAAGCUGUAAGAUGGACGCAUUUGAAAAUGGAAUCUUAUUUUCUUUUUUCUGGCUCCGGCGAAAUUAUGGUGUAACUAGCUACUUUAUAACCACAGUGCCAAAUAUUUUUUCCCCUCAUACGUCUAUCACUUUUUUAAUGAUGGAACAGGCAAAGAUCUUUAGACCAUACAGCUUAAUUUAGUUUUAAAGUACUUCAUGUACAGGUAAAGAAGCCAAAGGCCGUGCCAAUAUAUUUUUUUCCCAUAUUCGACCAUCUCCUUUUCAAUGAAGUGCCAAUAGAUAGUGUGUGGCGCAUAAUUUUUUUUCAAUAUUUUUAUUGAAUUUUUAAAUUUUUAACGGCUUUGAUGGUCUAGUGGUUUCACAUCGACAUACUUCUGAUGGUUAGGUUAGAUUGUUCGCACGAUGCAACCAUGAUUAUUUGUAUAACCAGUAUGAUUGUUUGUAUUGGUCUGGGUGUUUUCAAUAUAUAUUAUGUAUCUACUAAAAUAAUUUUUAACAGAAGCUCUGCUUAACUUAGGACUAGAUGGCACUGUGUGUAUUGUUCAAAGUAUUUAUAUUUUUAGGUUAUGGUCAAAGGACAUAAUCCCAUAUCAGUGAUGUAGUGUAAUAUAGACUCAUGUAUAGCAUAAAAUGAUUUAAAUCACCACAUUUGCUUUUCUAUGUAUUUAUUAUUUCUACGUAAAAUUAUUUGCUCUCUGUCCCUGCUGCUACAUUUUUAAUAUUAAUUAUUAUAAACAGCAAGAGGUAUGGUUGUUAAGUUUUAUUUUUAAAAUUUUAUUAUUUAUGUUCUGUUGUCAGGUAUAAUGCUGAGUGAGUGUCACUUUCAGUGUUACCAGUAGGUUUAAUUUCUAAAAGUUAUAUAUAUUAUAAACUCUACUGGUAUUGAUAUAUUACUGAAUAAAUGGCAUUAUUAUUAUUAUUAAUUAUGUUUUGUACACAUUAUAUUAAAAAGGCUAUUUACCGUUAUAGUAUUAUGAACUCCGGAUAUUUAGAUGUUGACCUGUGGCCAGAACGCUAAUAGCAGCGUGGUUUGUUUUUUUUUAUAUUUUUAUUGAAGGGUAAAUCCUAUUGUCGGCUGCUACAGAUCUGUAGCACUGCGUCCUACAUAGAUCUAUCUUUUAGAUAUAUUUUUAUUUUUAUCCAAUACUUAUAUUUUACAUUGUUUUCUGGUAUCUAAACUAAAUAGAAACCUGUAUCAGUAAUAUCUAUACAUAUAAAUAAAAUUG